UCUUUCGAAGAUGGUUUGGCUGCCUUGGAGAUUUGGAGAUCUGAUGCCACAAUGAGGACUCACACACGGGGGGCUCCCAGUGUGUUUUUCAUAUCUCUGUUUUGCUUUGUGUCAGCCUACAUCACCGAUGAGAACCCAGAAGUCAUGAUCCCCUUCACAAAUGCCAACUACGACAACCACCCAAUGCUGUACUUCUCUAAGGCAGAGGUGUCAGAGCUCCAGCUCAAGGCCACCAGCACACACGAGCACAUUGCAGCCCGACUCACUGAGGCUGUGCACACCAUGCUGUCCAGCCCCUUGGAGUACCUCCCACCCUGGGAUCCCAAGGACUACAGCGCCCGCUGGAAUGAAAUUUAUGGGAACAACUUGGGUGCCUUGGCAAUGUUCUGUGUGCUGUAUCCUGAGAACAUUGAAGCCCGAGACAUGGCCAAAGACUACAUGGAGAGGAUGGCAGCGCAGCCUAGUUGGUUAGUAAAAGAUGCUCCUUGGGAUGAAGUCCCACUUGCUCACUCCCUGGUUGGUUUCGCCACUGCCUAUGACUUCUUGUACAACUACCUGAGCAAGACGCAACAGGAGAAGUUUCUUGAAGUGAUUGCCAAUGCCUCAGGCUAUAUGUAUGAAACCUCAUACAGGAGGGGAUGGGGAUUUCAGUACCUGCACAAUCAUCAACCCACCAACUGCAUGGCUUUGCUCACAGGAAGCCUCGUCCUGAUGAAUCAAGGGUAUCUUCAAGAAGCCUACUUAUGGACCAAACAAGUUCUGACCAUCAUGGAAAAAUCUCUGGUCUUGCUCAGAGAGGUGACAGAUGGCUCCCUCUAUGAAGGAGUCGCCUAUGGCAGCUACACUACUAGAUCACUCUUCCAGUAUAUGUUUCUUGUUCAAAGGCACUUUAACAUCAAUCACUUCGGCCAUCCAUGGCUUAAACAACACUUUGCAUUUAUGUAUAGAACCAUCCUGCCAGGGUUUCAAAGAACUGUGGCUAUUGCAGACUCAAAUUACAAUUGGUUUUAUGGUCCAGAAAGCCAAUUAGUGUUCCUGGAUAAAUUUGUCAUGCGUAAUGGCAGUGGUAACUGGCUGGCUGAUAGAAUCAGAAGAAACCGUGUGAUGGAAGGUCCAGGCACUCCAUCCAAAGGGCAGCGCUGGUGCACUCUUCACACAGAGUUUCUCUGGUAUGAUGCCAGCUUGAAAUCUGUUCCUCCUCAAGAUUUUGGUACUCCUACACUGCAUUAUUUUGAAGACUGGGGUGUUGUGACUUACGGAAGUGCACUGCCUGCAGAAAUCAAUAGAUCUUUCCUUUCAUUCAAGUCAGGAAAGCUUGGGGGACGUGCAAUAUAUGAUAUUGUGCACAGAAACAAAUACAAAGAUUGGAUCAAAGGCUGGCGAAAUUUUAAUGCUGGACAUGAACAUCCUGAUCAAAACUCAUUCACUUUUGCUCCCAACGGUGUACCUUUCAUUACUGAGGCUCUGUAUGGGCCAAAGUAUACCUACUUCAACAACGUUUUGAUGUUUUCCCCAGCUGUGUCAAAGAGCUGCUUUUCACCCUGGGAGGGGCAGGUUACAGAAGACUGCUCAUCCAAAUGGUCUAAAUACAAACAUGACCUGGCAGCUAACUGUCAGGGGAAGGUGGUUGCUGCAGUGGAGAAAAAUGGGGUAGUUUUCAUCCAAGGAGAAAGUGUGGGAGCUUAUAACCCCCGGCUCAGUCUGAAGAAUGUUCAGAGGAAUCUAAUCCUCUUGCACCCACAACUUCUCCUCCUUGUGGACCAAAUAUACCUGGGAGAGGAGAGCCCACUGGAGACAGCAGCAAGCUUCUUCCAUAAUGUGGAUGUUCCUUUUGAGGAGACAGUGGUAGAUGGAGUCCAUGGGGCUUUCAUCAGGCAGCGAGAUGGUGUCUAUAAAAUGUACUGGAUGGAUGAUACUGGCUACAGUGAGAAAGCAACCUUUGCUUCAGUGACAUACCCUCGAGGCUAUCCCUAUAAUGGGACAAACUAUGUGAAUGUCACUAUGCACCUUCGAAGUCCCAUCACCAGGGCAGCUUACCUCUUCAUAGGACCAUCUGUGGAUGUUCAGAGCUUCAGUAUCCAUGGAGACUCUCAGCAGUUAGAUGUGUUCAUAGCCACUAGCAAACAUGCCUAUGCAAUUUACCUUUGGACAGGUGAGGCCACAGGGCAGUCUACCUUUGCACAGGUCAUUGCAGAUCGUCAGAAAAUUCUUUUUGACCGGAGUUCAGCUAUCAAGAGCACCAUUGUCCCUGAGGUGAAGGACUACGUUGCGAUUGUGGAACAGAACCUGCAGCAUUUUAAGCCAGUGUUCCAGCUGCUAGAGAAACAGAUCUUGUCCCGAGUUCGGAACACAGCUAGCUUUAGGAAGACUGCUGAGCGCCUGCUGAGAUUUUCCGAUAAGAGACAGACUGAAGAGGCCAUUGACAGGAUUUUUGCCAUAUCACAGCAACAGCAGCAGCAACAAAGCAAGUCAAAGAAAAACCGAAGGGCAGGCAAACGCUACAAAUUUGUGGAUGCUGUCCCUGAUAUUUUUGCACAGAUUGAAGUCAAUGAGAAAAAGAUAAGACAGAAAGCUCAGAUUUUGGCACAGAAAGAACUGCCCAUAGAUGAAGAAGAAGAAAUGAAAGACCUUUUAGAUUUUGCAGAUGUAACAUAUGAAAAACACAAAAAUGGUGGCUUAGUGAAAGCCCAGUUUGGACAGGCACGGAUGGUGACAACUACUCACAGCAGGGCCUCGUCACUGUCUGCUUCAUAUACCAGACUCUUCCUGAUUCUGAACAUUGCAAUUUUCUUUGUCAUGUUGGCAAUGCAUCUGACUUAUUUCCAGAGGGCCCAGAGCCUACAUGGCCAAAGAUGUCUUUAUGCAGUCCUUCUAAUAGACAGCUGUAUUUUAUUGUGGUUAUACUCUUCUUGUUCCCAGUCUCAGUGUUAGCAUUGUUGCUAUAAUUGCAUGAUCAUUUUGUGAUCGCAAGAGUCUAUGUAAAAAAAGAAAAAAAAAAUUGCCCUCAUUUGUUAUUGGAUUUUUUUUCUCAGAUACAUUUUAACAAAUUAAGGUGAAGAUGAUUUUCAGAUAAGGAUACAAGGACGUGGAGAAAUCAGAAUUGGAGCAAGCAGAGAAUAUAUCAAAGGAAUAAGAGUAACUGGGUAAUCCCUUGGUGUUUCUGGAAGUGAUUUGCUUUGUUAAUAUAGCAGGUCAUAUAAUACCUUGUAGAAAUUUUUUAAAAAUCUGGUUUUUAAGUAAUACGUUUUUCUUAAGAGAAACAAAAAUGAUUUAGACAGAAUUGGAUUUGAUUAAUCUUUAUUUAAUCAUAUUAGCAAUUUCCAGAUGCUAUUUUCUGGAAAGGACUGAAGCACAGAAUUCUAAGAAUACAGAUUUUUUUUUUUUUUUUUUUUUGAUGGUAUAGUCAUGUUGAAAAAUAAGUGUUGCUAAGUCCUGAUCUGGUGGUGUGAGUUUCCUUAGAGAAGUUGUGCUUCAUUAAAUGCACAGGAUCUUAUUGAUUUGUUGUUCAGAUAAUGUAGUAGAAAUGAUGACAGGAGAUCGUUGAAAACUCAAAAUACAUUUCCAGUAGAAAACAUUUCUAUGAAUGUUUUGUUUGAUGCCAGUCUCUGCCCACAUUUCGUUGAUUGCUCUUAUCCAUUCAUCAUUUGUUCAGGAAGUCAGGCAACGGCAGAUCAUUUUGCAUUUUCCUGAUAUGGAAAACUAUUCCAAACCUAAUGACUAAAAUAAAUAAAAUAUUUUAUAACCUGAAGGUUGAUGUCAAUACCAAAGAAGAUGGGGAAGCUAAACUUCAGAUAUGAUUUUUAUGUUUUUUUUAAUAGAAAACUUUUCAAGUUUAUUUUGCUAAAUAAACAUUGUAAUUGUGACUUU